CGCUCUAACUCAGAGUCACCACUGAUGCUGUGGUAACUCACAAACUACAGACACUACAGACAUUACCAUAGGACAUAACGGGACUUGAACAAGCGCAAGACGUUUCUUCUGUGAUACUGCUGCACUAAACAGUUACGCUGGAAUUUUCGGAGACCGACUCGGACAUGUCAUAUGUCUUCAUCAAUGACUCGUCGCAGACCAGUGUACCGUUACUGCAGGCUUGUGUCGAUGGGGACUUGAGUUUCGCUCAGCGUCUGCUGGAGGCUGGCUGCGACCCCAACAUCCGCGACCACAGGGGCCGCACGGGUCUGCAUCUGGCAGCGGCGCGAGGUAAUGUGGACAUCUGCCGCUUCCUGCACAAGUUUGGUGCAGAUCUGCUAGCCACCGACUAUCAGGGCAACACUGCACUGCACCUGUGCGGACAUGUGGACACCAUUCAGUUCCUGGUGUCCAAUGGGCUCAAAAUUGAUAUUUGUAACCACAAUGGGUCAACACCACUGGUGCUGGCUAAGAGGAGAGGGGUGAAUAAAGAUGCCAUUCGGCUGUUGGAAGGGCUGGAAGAGCAAGAGGUCAAGGGCUUCAACAGAGGAGCUCACUCCAAACUUGAAGCCAUGCAAAUGGCUGAGAGUGAGAGUGCGAUGGAGAGCCAUUCGCUGCUGAAUCCAAACCUGCAGAACAGCGAGGGUGUGCUGUCCAGCUUUCGCUCCACAUGGCAGGAGUUUGUGGAGGACUUGGGCUUCUGGAGGGUCCUGCUGCUGCUGCUGGUCAUCGGCCUUCUUUCUUUGGGCAUUGCUUACUAUGUUAGUGGCGUACUGCCUUUUUCUGCAAGUCAGCUGGAGUUGGUCCACUGAGGGCCAGAUUGUGUUCUAUCUCGGGACCGACUAAAGGGAAGUUUGAGUGGACUCUGAAGGUUCUUCAUAGUACUAGUUUCGGUCUGAUGUGAAGUUUAGGAACAGUCACAGGUAAGGUGAGUGACAGUGUUCACAUGAUGAUGGCUGUGAUGGCUCUGAAGGAAGACUGAAAGGUUAAGGUUAAUGUAUUUAAAAACCCACUUCUCCCAGAUCUUUCCAUGAUCACUGAACCUGGCCGACUGGUUGAUAAGUAAGACAUAUACACUUGUAAUCAUUUCAGUGGUGAUAUAAAUGAUGACUGUUGUAGCUUAGAUCAGGCAUGAUGUUUUCAUCCCAGUAUUUACUUCUUUUCCUUUUCUAUAAUCUUUUUUUUUUUUUCUGUAUAUGAAGUGUGUGUAUGAAGUACGACAGUCGUUACAUACAUACGCUUAUUUACAUAUCUGCGAUUCAACAGCUGACAUUGUUACAUGGAAUAUUGUUUUAAAGUAAUGGUAUGUAAAAUGUUACAUAUUCCAAUAAAUGGCCAUCGGGAUUCAGAUAACAGUUUGAUAAAUGACAAUUAAGAUUCUUUAUUUAAGAUUCUGUAUUCUAUUUUUAUGUUUGUGUACAAAUAAUCCUAAAUGCUUAAAGGGUCUUUCUGUUUGCUAAAAUAAGAACCGUUUUUCCUCACCAUUAAAUGCUUUUGCACCA